CUCUGAUUCUUUGUUUAGUUUGAAAUCUCAAACCUCUCUCUCUCUCUAUCUCAUCGUCUUUAAAGGAGAAGAUACGAGUUUCGCUUCGAAUUCGUGCCGGAGAACCUGAGGAGUCCUUUGUCAUCGCCGUCGUUGCUCGUAGUUCAGUUCUCCUCAGCGUCAUACAGACAUGAAUCAGGAGUACGAUUAUCUGUUCAAGCUUUUGCUGAUUGGAGAUUCUGGUGUUGGCAAAUCAUGUCUACUUUUGAGAUUUGCUGAUGAUUCAUAUCUGGAGAGUUACAUCAGCACCAUUGGAGUUGAUUUUAAAAUACGUACUGUCGAGCAGGAUGCGAAGACCAUUAAACUUCAGAUUUGGGACACUGCUGGGCAAGAACGUUUUAGGACAAUCACUAGCAGCUACUACCGUGGUGCACAUGGGAUUAUAGUGGUGUAUGAUGUGACAGACCAGGAGAGUUUCAACAAUGUCAAGCAAUGGUUGAAUGAAAUCGACCGCUAUGCAAGUGAGAAUGUCAAUAAGCUUCUGGUUGGAAAUAAGUGUGAUCUCACUGCCAACAAGGUGGUGUCUUAUGAGACAGCAAAGGCAUUUGCAGAUGAAAUUGGGAUCCCGUUCAUGGAAACUAGUGCAAAGAGUGCUACUAAUGUUGAACAGGCUUUCAUGGCCAUGGCUGCUGAGAUUAAGAACAGGAUGGCAAGCCAACCUGCAAUGAACAAUGCCAGGCCUCCAACGGUGCAGUUCCAAGGGCAACCUGUUGCCCAGAAGGGUGGAUGCUGCUCUUCUUAGACAUGUAUUAGUUAGGCACCUGUAGUGUCUAUAGGUGCCAUGACAUGUAAAACUAGCAUCCUUUUCCCUUGCUCUACUUGAAUUAAAGACUCAUCCUUCCAACCUCUUUAUGAUAUGUAUCUUCACUUGUCUGAGAUAUGUUGCUAAAAUUCAAUUCUUUUCAGAUAUAUGAUUCAAAAAAGGCCUGUACAAAUCAGGAUGUUAGUCAAUGGUAGUAUUUGAUUGUUUGAUUCCA